CACAGACAGACACAGACAUGUGUUGGUGCUUGUAAGGUAGAAGGUUGAGCGCUCUUUUUGUUGACAUUAGCAGAAUUACUGGUAAUUAUGGGAAAACUGAACGUGUCAAUGCUGAGAUAUCUCUCCCGGGAGGACUUUCGUGUUUUGACAGCCGUUGAAAUGGGUAUGAAGAACCAUGAAAUUGUCCCCAGUGCUCUUGUAGCAGCUAUUGCCAGUCUGAAGCAUGGUGGAGUACACAAAGUGCUGAAAGAGCUGUCAAAACAUAAACUGGUUGCCUUUGAAAGAGGGGGGAAGACAGUUCAAGGUUAUAGAUUGACUAAUGGUGGAUAUGACUACCUGGCACUGAAAGCGCUGUCAUCUAGAGAUGUUUUAUCUUCUAUUGGUAAUCAGAUAGGAGUAGGAAAAGAAUCAGAUAUUUACAUUGUUGCUGGAAUGGAAGAGGAGCAACUGGCACUAAAACUGCAUAGAUUAGGUCGCACCUCAUUUAGGCAGCUUAAGUAUAAGAGAGACUAUCAUAAACACAGAAAGACUGUGUCUUGGAUAUAUCUUUCUAGACUGUCAGCAAUGAAGGAGUUUGCUUAUAUGAAGGUUUUGUUUGAUCACGGAUUCCCUGUUCCAAAGCCUAUUGAUUUCAACAGACAUGCAGUUGUUAUGGAAUUGCUGACUGGUCACCCACUUUGUCAGGUCCAUGAGGUGGCAGACCCAGCAGCAGUUUACAAUGAGUGUAUGGAGUUGAUUGUACGUCUUGGAAACUGUGGCCUGAUUCAUGGAGACUUCAAUGAGUUUAACCUUAUGCUAGACGAGCAGGAUAGAAUUACUAUGUAUGAUUUCCCACAAAUGAUUUCCACAUCACAUCCAAAUGCAGAGUGGUAUUUCAACAGGGAUGUUGAGUGUAUAAGAACCUUUUUUGCAAAGAGAUUUCACUAUGAAAGUGAAUUGCAUCCAAAAUUUUCAGAUGUCAGGCGAGAAAGCACUCUGGAUGUGGAAAUUGCUGCCAGUGGCUUCACCAAGGAAAUGGAACAGUCCUUUGAUGAGGCAGCAGAUGACAUAGGGCUGAGAGCAGGGCCUGAUGAAGAGGAGGAAAAUUCUGAUGAAGACGACAAAUUAGACAAAGAGUACUCAAUUGAAAAGGAGGACAGUUCAGAUGAAAAUUAUGGAAGUGAUGAUUUGGAACCAGACAUGUUAGAACCCAUUGGUGCAGAAACUGAAGAAUUUAAAAAUAGAAUGAGUGAACUAGGUUUGUCAACCAUGCAGAGCAAUGGUGAAAAUGAAAAUCCUCAAUUACCUGGAUCACCAGAUGAUGGAAGCGAUUCAGACGAAAAUCUUGAAGACUUGAGUGCAAUAAACCGUACAUUUAAACCUUUCAGGACAGCUGAACAGAGAGAUCAUGUCAAUGCCCAUAUAGCAAACAAUACCAGAUUGCAUAGUAGUGGCAGCACUAGUUCAAGUGCAACUAUUCCACAACAGCUAGUCAAAGCAAAAGUGAAGAGUCAACUCAAAAGGCAGGAGAUAAAAAAACAGGCUAGGAGAAUCAGAAAAAGUGGAGAGGCAUCACUCAGUACCAAGGCAAGACGUGACAAUGCUAGUGAAGUAAAACAAAGCUUAGAUUCUGCCUGGUACUAGGUCUGGUUUUAAAUUGUUUUUAAAAAGUAAAGGAUUCCAUUUGAUGAAAAAAAAAGAAAAAAAAAAGAAAUUGAGAAUUUUAACAUUUCUCAUUUACAUACAACCCUUCCCAAAUUUACAAACACCAUAUUUUGUGAAUCCCAAAGCAAUUUUUAUGUUAAACACCAUCUGGUUUCAUUAAAAGUGAAUUAAAAAUAAUUUUAUUGCACUAGAACAUUUGAUAUCACAAACUUUACACAGUAGGCUGUGAUACUAAAUCAUAUAGUUCCAUUUAACUUCUCCUGAGGGAUCCAUGUGUCGUCAUUAUUUAUGAUCCAAGUCUUUUGUGCACCCAGUCACUGUAGCUUAACAUAGGUAAGGGGGGGCCCUCUCAAUAUUUAUAUGUACAUUAUGUCAGUCACAUAAAUGAUGUUAUAAUAGGUAGUAAAUAAAGCAUUUUACAACAAAAAGGAAUAAUGUAUGCUAAACCUGUGCAAAUGUGGCAGUUCAAUAACACCAAGUUUGAGACAUUAAAUAGUACUUUCUGCAGCAGUCCAA